CAGGCUGGCCUCAUGGAAAGAAUGCACAGAUCCAGUUUUACUUUCAGUUUCCUUUCAUCAGAAUAGAAACCUAUCUAUAUACGUAUAUACAGCAGAAAAGAACGAUCGGAGCGGCAAAGACGUCCAUAGAACCUCGAGAAGAAGAUAUGACAUCCGAAAGGAAAUUUUCUGAAAUGGAUUCUUUGGAAUCAUUUGAUAUUAUCUCAGAGGAAGAAGUAAAGGAAUUUAGGGCAGCUUUAGAAGAAGGUAACCUAUGUGCAGCAGGCGAAACGAUCAAUCAGUCUCUAAAAGAUAUUGAAAAUGCUCCAUUAAACAUUGCAGUAACAGGAGAGUCAGGAUCGGGAAAGUCUACUUUUGUCAAUGCCAUCCGAAACAUGGAUAAUGAUGAAGAAGAGGGUGCUGCUAAAACAGGAGUCACAGAAACCACUAAGGAACCAAAAGCCUAUCCACAUCCACAGUACAAUAACGUGACAUUUUGGGAUCUACCCGGAAUUGGUACCCCAAAUUUUAAUCCAAGCGAUUACCUCAAAGCUGUUGAGUUUCAUCGAUAUGACUUUUUUAUAAUCAUGUCAUCAGAACGCUUCCGACACAAUGAUAUGGAGCUGGCUAAAGAGAUUAAGUCCAUGGGAAAGAAAUUUUACUUUGUGCGAUCGAAAGUAGAUUCUGACAUGUAUGCUUCUCAAAUGCGUCGGAAAAAGUCUUAUAAUGAAGCAAAAAUAAUGAAUGAGAUUCGGGAUGACUGCAUUAAAUGCCUACAUGAUGGAGGGAUCCAAGAUCCAAAGGUGUUUCUCCUCUCCUCUCUAGACCUUAACAAAUAUGACUUCAAUCAAAUGCAAGAGACUCUAGAACAGGAACUUCCAAGUCAAAAGCGACAUGUGUUCAUGUUAUGUUUGCCCAAUAUUUCCUUCCCAAUUCUAGACAAGAAAAGAGAAGCCAUAAAGAAGCAGAUCUGGAAGUGGUCAAGUGUCUCCGCUGCUGUAGCAGCAGUCCCUCUUCCAGGACUGUCAGUGGCAUGCGAUGUUGGCAUCCUGGUGACAGAAAUGAAAAAAUAUCGGGAUGCAUUUGGCCUGGAUCAAGGAUCUCUUGAAAAGUUGGCCGACAGAUUUGGUAAAGAUGUCAAUGAGUUGAAGUCUGUGAUCAAGUCACCUAUAGUGGUAAAAGAGAUCAACAAAGAGCUUGUCACCACCUUAUUAACCAGAGGAGCAGCUGGGUCACUCAUGUUCAUUGAAUAUUUAGCUAGUAAUAUACCUGUGAUUGGCACAGCUGCAGCAGGUGGCAUCUCGUUUGGUACAACAUAUUUAAUGCUUUAUUGCUUCUUGAAAGAUAUUGCUGAAGAUGCAGUAAGAGUUCUCGAAAAAGCUUUAGAGUCCUCUGUAUAGAAAAUGUUAUCAUAGGUUUGAUACUCAUAUGAAUGCUACAAACACAGCUUCAAAAAGACCUAUUAAUUACCCAUUGAACAUGUGCACACUAUGACUAAAUCUGUCUAGACUCCUUACCAUCACACUUACCUAAGGCUCAAACUGUGUGGACACUCUUCCUAAUUAUUGACUUCACAUGUUUCGAGUGAAUAGUACUGUUUUGCAUUUCCAACCUUGAGCUACAGUUUGGGAAAGGUCCUUUAUCUGUCCAGCAUGACUGUGUCCCUACGAACAAAGCCAGCUCCAUCAAGACAUGAUUUGAUGAAUUUGGUAUGGAGUGGCCUACAUAGAGCCCUGACCUCACCCCCUAUGAACACCUUUUGGAUAAAUUAGAAUGCCAAAUUGAAGCCAGGUCUUCUCAUCCAACGUUAGUAACUGAUUUUACAAAUGUUCUUUUUGGCUGAAUGGGCCAAAAUCCUUACAAAAAUACUCCAAAAUCUUGUGAAAAACCUUCCCAAAACAGUGGAGGCUGUUAUAGCAGCAAAGAUGGGACCACCUACAUAUUAGUACCAUGAUUAUGGAAUUGGGUGUCCAGAAAGCUCUUAUUGGUCAGGAGUCCACAAAUGUUUCACUGUGUAGUACAUCUUGCACCCAACAGAAAAAAGUCCAAGUCUUCCCUAUCAGCCUAUUAUAGUGCACUUGAAAGAACCGUUCCCCUCUUGUUCUUCUUUACAGGAAGUCAGUUAUUGGAUAAGCAAUGGGGCCACCAUUGCUGGCCUCAUCUUUUAAAAUUCUGCUUGUUAGCUGCCAUGCUGACCCACCACUUCAUUAUUUUGAGUCUCUGAUUUAGAACAAGUGUACGGGUAAGAACUUUUGAAUUGAAGAAGUAUAAAAAAAACUCUUUUGUGGGAUUUUAAGGGACUUUUGAAUUUAGCUUGACUCUCCUGGGCUACAUAUUUGUUGUAAUUCAGAGACUCAGAAAGCAUUCAAACGAAUGUUUCAGUAAAACAGCCAUGUUUCUAUUAUUUUUAGAAGAAGAUCCUGUAUGUAGUGGUAGUCCCUAUGUUUCCCGCUUGAUAGGUUGUCUAGCUACCUCAUUUGAGAAGCUGGUGACACAGUUGACAAACUGUUCAGACCACAAAUCACUGCAAAUCAACCAAAACCCAUGAGAUGCCAUCAUAUAGACCAGGGGUCUCCAAGCUUUUCAGCAUGAGGGCCACAUCUUAUAUUUUAAGUACAUCUGUAAUUUGUAGGCCGAAAAAUAAUCAGUUUUAUAUAUGAAUGCAUUAAAUGUAAGUCCCCCCCCCCCCUUUACAUCCAGGAGUACAAAGCAGAGUCCCUUCUUUCACCCAAGCUGGACCAACGUAACUUUGUAAAAAAUGUCAUACCAGAAUUUUUUCUUUAGGCAACUUUGUAGGCAAUGGAACUGUACUAUUCAUAAAUCAGAGCAGGGGAAUGGGGUUCAGAGUUUUGUAUAUGAAUGCUACCAUUUUUGUAACCGUUUUCUGUGAAAAGUAGGUAUCCAAUUUAGAAAGGCAAAUACCAGACAAGAAGAGUACCAAAAUGGAUUAGCAAUUCACAGGAAAAGUAAAGGAAAUAAAAUGAUAUCAAAUUAUAAAAUCCACAAAACAAUUCAUAGAGUGACUGUUUAAAUAAUGAUCACAUACUACAGUGAGUAGUCAAAUUAAAUGUAUUGUAUAAGAUUCAUAGGACAUCAAAUUGCACAAUUACAUUUCUCUUUAAUCUUUUAGAGGGCAAAUUCAUCUAAUCUCCUCUCUAAACUAAACAAGCUCAGAUUUACUAACUUUUGUUACAAUUGAUAAUAUUAUCAUGCUUUAUUAAUUAAAUUGCUUUCUUUUGAAAUUACGGCAAAUAAAAUAAAAGUUUUGUUAUUUACA